UACUCACUGACGUCCUAAGAAUAAUGCUCGCCUACGAUUCAUAAAUCCAGCCCGCGGUUUGAAGAACCCUUCGUCUCCAUCCUCGUUUGCGCCGCCUGUCUCGCUUUCGUCUCGUGUCGCGUCGCAGGAAAAUCCCCCGGCGUUCACGGAACCUGAAGCGACGAACCCCUGCAAGCUUUGUCCCAGGCAAAGCUUCGCCCCAGGCAAAAAGUCCACAUAGGUCGAUUGGCUUCACGGCGUCGCCAACUGCCAGAGCUUCCUCAGCUCCUCAGCUUCCUCUCGCUCCACCAACCGGCUUUGUCGCGACAUUGCUCGCUUUCUUGAUUCGCUGCAUCUUCUACCCAUCAUCACGACUCUGCGUGGCCUCCAACAGCCGGCCUCACUUCGCCCUCCCGCCGCGCGACGAGCUGCCGCCGGUCGCAGCCAGCUCCGAUAACAGCACCACCUCCGCCAUGGCCGAGUCUGCCGGUUCCAUCAUGACUGGCAACGGCGCCGCCCACAUCAACGGCAAGUCGAAUGGCCAGCCUCUUGGUCGUCGAAGGACCAGCAGGAAGCGCCGCAGUCCCCUGCUCUGGACGUUCAACGUCGUCGCAAGACUCGCGACCUGGGCUGCCAUCCUCACCAUCCUCUUCCGAUGCCCCUCCUCCCCCGAGACUUGCGACGAGAGCUCACCGUUCAUCUGCCGACCCUACUUCCAAGUCAAGAACGCCGUGUCACCUCAUCUCCAACCCUACUACGACGAAUUCGCCGCACCCUACGUCGAGAUUGCUCGACCAUACUACGAGACCGUCCAUGAGAGGGCCUGGAAGCCCACUCGCGCAUACGCUAUCCAAUAUGGAGCCCCCUGGGUGGAGAAAGCACAGGAGCACGCCUGGGCCCAGUGGCAGAAGAACGGACAACCUCAGCUUGCCAAGUACCAAGGUAUCGCGCAGGAGAAGUACGAUGAGUCUGUUGCCCCGUAUGUGAGCCAGGCCACCUAUACCGUUGGUCCAUACUACGACAUUGCUCGCACCAACGCCCUCCAAGUAUAUUACGAGUACGUUCUCCCGGGCUACGAGUUUGUCCACCCAUACAUGAUCAAGGGCUAUGAUGCGGCCUCGGAUUUCACCACUAGUACCGCCCUCCCCACUGCCUACUGGGCAUGGAACAAGUCGUAUGUCUUCCUAGACGCUAAAGUCUGGCCUCACUUGCGAGUUGUCUACAACGAGAACGUAGAACCUCAGCUGGUUCGCAUUGGAGAGCGUCUCGGACGUUUCAAUGCCCGGGACAAGGUCAAGACCUCCCAAGCCUCGCAAGAAAAGGUACCAUCCAGCUCUGUGACGGAUUCAGUGCCCUCAUCGUUCAUCAAGCCAGCCCCGCAGAGUACAGCUUCUCCGGAAACCACCUCGCAGCAACCUGUGGCUAGUGAAAGCCUCAAGACUAAGGAGGUCCCUGAGCCCAGCCCUGAGCCCAAUUCUGAUCUUGAAGCCGAGGACGUUGCCGGCCAGUAUGUCAACCCCGUGCAGGCACCGCCGGCCGACGAGAACGAGACCGAAGGCCGCAGGAAAGCUCGCGAGAUGGUUGCCCAGGAUCUUGAGACCUGGCAGAACAAGUUUGCUACACAGGCUGACGACGGUGCUGCUGAUAUGGAGGACCGUGUCGACGAGAUUGCGGAUCGCAUGAUUGAGCAAAAUGCCAAGGUCACCGGCAGGGCACUAUUUGACGAGCUCGAGUCCACCAUUGAUUUAGAGCUCCGGGAACUCAAAUCCAAGAUCUCAUCGCUUGUGGAAGUGGCUGACGAGAGGCCGGAUAGCGUCCAAGGACAAGUUCUCGACGCCGUUCGAUCCGCGGGUGUGGCCAUUAAGACGAGGGCACUGGCAAUUCGACAGUGGCGCGAAAGCUACGACAAGGAGCUGCAGAACACCGUCAUUGCCGUCGCCGAUGUCCACUUCCAGAUCCUUGACGAGACCCGGAAUCUUGCCCUGCAGCACAUUGGCAUGAGAUGGGCCUGGACAGAGGGCGUCACCUACAAGGACUGGGCCAAAUACCACGAGUUGAAAGCCACUCUCAACGAGUGGACUGAGCAGCUCAAGCAACUCAUCGUCACCCACCCUGCCUUGCUGGAGGCUCAAGAUGCCUCGGCGCAGGUGGAAGAUGAAGGCAUGGAAAUCGCCUCGGCUGCGGCUAGGGAACUGGCUCGACUUAAAGAGGUCGCUCGCUGGAAGAUUUCUGCUGGGGAUGCUACAGAUAACUUCGACAGCGAGGAAAUGAAGAUGGCUGCUGAGGCUGCCACUUUGGCCGCCACUGUCGCGGCUGCCGAGAAGGAACAAGCAGCUACUGAAGCCGUUGUCGAGGACAUCAGUGAUACUGAGUUCUCGUACGCAGAAUCUGUUUUUGACGAAAAGGACACCGCAUCUAUCGAUACAUCAUCCACUGACGAUGACGCCGCCCCUACCACCGCUGCUAGAGAGCCUGAACUCAGGUUUGAGGAGUUUGACUCUUUGGUCGGAGAGCCCAUUGAGGAAGCCACCUCGUCGAUACCCGAAGCUGAUCAAGACGACUCAGCUGAUGAUGCCGAAACUGUCACGAUUAGCUUGGCUGACGGCACCGAGACCGAGACUAUCAGUUUGGCUGGAGCAAGCGAACCUUCCGACAACAUCGACAAGACGUCUUUAGUUGCUACAGACACGAUCGAGGAAAUCAGCACCGAAGCCUCGAGCCUCAUGGACGAAGCCAAAGAGACACUUAGCAGCAUUGCGGACCAGAUCUUGGAAACUGCGGAGGACCUACCAAUUGCGGAGCCUGAGUCUAUCGCCAGUGUGGUUGAGGAGUUGUCCAGUGAGAUUUCAGAGGCGUCUUCUUCUCCCGAUGCCACUGAUGCUACGGAUGCUGCCGAACACGAGGACGCGACCUUGACCGAUUAUCUUGUUUCAGAAGCAUCUGAGGCGCUUGUGGGUGAUGGUACUUACACAAUCGCCAGCAACGAGAGCGAAGAACCGGCUUCCGUGGAUGGUGAAGAUGAGUCUAGCCACACCGACAUCGACGAAGAUGUUCUCCGUGAUGAGACGCCGAUUUCAGAGGAAAAGCCCGUCAAACGCGUAAUGUUCGGUGCUGCUGCCCAAGAAGUCCCUAACCGCCAGAUAGUUCUCGAGGAUUACGAAGACGACGACGUCGUUGGGAAAGCUACGGGCGCUGCCCAGGCAGCCUACUCUAGCGCCGUCUCUCGUGCAUCUGAGCAAUACUCGAGUGCGCUCUCCGUUGUGUCUGCCCAGAUUUAUGGAACUCCCAAACCUGUCCAUGGGCAGCUCUUAUCCUCGGUCUCCAACGCUUACCAGAGUGCCGUCUCGGCGGCCAGCGAAAAGUUCAACAAUGCCGUGGAGGGCAUUAAGGGCACGCCUGCAACCCCCACCACGACCCCUACCUUUGUGGACUGGCAGAAUGUCGAGGCAAUCGCCGCUCAAAGACUCAACGAAGGGCGACUUUGGGCUGAGGUGCAGUAUCAGAGUGCUCUUAUUGCACUCGGCCUCGCCACCAGUGCCACGCCGACUCCGUCAACUGUCAUGGAGAAAUAUUAUGAGCAGGCCAAGUUCAACUAUUACGCUGGUCUUGGAAUUGCCCAGGAUCGAUACUAUAGCUUCAUGGCUGGAGCCUCAUCGGCGCUUUCGUCCAUGACGGCUACGCCUACCCCCACCUCAACUCCAACCAAUGUCGCUGAGUCUGCUUCUUCAAUUGCGUCCGUGGCCUACGAGUCGGCAGCUUCUGCUCUUUCCGCAGCGGGCAAUGGCGUUGCGUCGGCUGCUCAGGCAGUGGACGACUCCGUUUCCUCCGUUGUUGAUGCUGCGAACGAGCAAAUCUCGAAUGCUGGCAUUGCCAUUGCCGACACUUGGGGCAAUGUCGUAGCGGAAAUCAGUGCGCAGGUCUAUGGAGAGCCGACACACACUGCACAGAUUGCUUGGUAUGAGCAUAUCUUCAGUGAUAUUGGUUCUUAUGCCGCUGCAGCAACUGACGCUGUAACAAACAAGGCACACUCUGCAUCGGACUCUGCUGCCACCGUCGCCGGUGACGCGUCGAAGCAAUACGAGGCGGUGAAUGAGCUUGUAUCAGAGCUUAUUAGUGGGAAGGAACCCUCCUUCUCUGAAAGUGUGCUCUCAAGACUACACGCAGCCUACACCACGGCGGCUGCAAGUGUCGGAAGUCUGGCCAACGCAGCGAGCCAGGCGACAGAGGCAGUUAAAGAGAAGGUCCAGAACAUUAGGGACGAAUUGUAAGGAGGAGAACCGAGGCUGAAGUGAAGCCACGCUCUUUUGGACGAUACCCAAGUUGAUAUGACGAUCGUUUGAUGCCAUAUUUUGAGGACGAGAUGAAAAUGACAUUUGAGAAGGCCGGGGAGGUUUGACAGCGGGAGUUACCGACAAGGAUGGAAUAAUGGGUGUGAUUG